CGUACAUAUAUUUCAAAUUGAGUGUGGACAGUUGGACAUGGCAGUCAUCGACGAAUCGUCGACGCUCAUACGCGAGAUUCAACUUCCGCGCCGGCCAUCUAACGCUGCCGAGCUCGAGUACGUCGACCACGUUGGCUUGAAGGAAUGGACGGAGGUCGAGGAUUUAGCCAUGUCCCGCGGUGAAGUGGGUGUGCCCGACGACAUCGACAGCGAGUACAACAUCCUCGGCUUCAAGUUCGCGUUCAGCUGGGCCACUCUGUGGGCCUAUGCCGGUCCAGGCUGGCUCAUGAGCAUUGCUUUUGUCGACCCAGGCAACCUCGAGUCGGACCUCCAAGCCGGCGCCUACGGUGGUUACCAGCUCAUCUGGGUGCUACUCGGGGCGACAAUCAUGGGCUUCUUCUUGCAAGUGCUGUCGGCUCGCUUGGGUGUCGUGACAGGGAAGAACUUGGCCGAGAUGUGCCACCUCAUGUACCCUCGGUGGACAUCUCGCGUGCUCUGGUUCAUGGCAGAGGUGGCCAUUGUUGGCAGCGACAUCCAAGAGGUGCUCGGGUCGGCCAUCGCGCUGCAGAUCCUAUUCAAGCUGCCUCUGUGGAUCGGGUGCCUAAUCACGGCUGUCGACACGUUUACGUUCUUACUCCUCCAUCACUUUGGCGUGCGAAAGCUAGAAGCGUUCUUUAUGGCCCUCGUAGCCGUGAUGCUCGUGUGCUUUUGCACCAAUGCUAUCCAAGGCAACCCUGACACCACACAAGUGCUGCAAGGAUUCGUGCCAUCCAUUCCCAAGCGAUAUGCCACGACCCAAGCCGUGGGCAUUCUGGGGGCAGUGAUCAUGCCGUACAACUUAUUUUUGCACUCUGGACUGGUGCAAUCUCGGUCUGUGGAUCGCCAAGACGGGCGGAAACUGGCCCAAGCCAACAAGUACUUUGCCAUCGAAGGUGCCGUCGCGCUGUUUGUGUCGUUCUUAAUCAACCUGGCGGUGGUGUGUGUGUUUGCGCAGAGUUUCUUUUCGCUCGACUGCUUGCCUUCGUUUGACAUCCAUGGCAUCAACACGGCGUGUUUGCCUCUCGGGGCCAGUGACAGCUUGAUAUAUGGCCGUUGUGACCUGGCCGGAACUCCGGUACUACGUUCAUCUAUUAUCUAUUUUGAAUCCCAACGUUACGGUAGGGAGUCUGCCAAGAAAUUGGGUUGUCGGGCGCUGGAAUUGCUCUCCGCGGGGUUCUAAACUCGUAUUCAGAAACCAUUUGGGCGGUGGGACUACUCGCCGCCGGCCAGAGCUCCACCAUGGCAGGCACGUAUGCUGGUCAGUUCGUCAUGGAGGGCUUCCUCAGCAUUCGUCUCCCGCCGUGGAAGCGCAUGGCGCUAACUCGAGCGGUGGCGCUGGUCCCGGCCUUGUCGGUGGCCAUGUGGUCCGAGUCACGGCCGAGUGAAAGCGACUCGAUGAACGAAUUCCUCAACGUGCUACAGUCGGUGCAGCUUCCGUUUGCGUUGAUUCCGAUUUUGCACUUUACGAGCAACCCCGUGGUGAUGGGGACGUUUGCGAAUGGUCGCACCAUGCGACUGGUUGGGUGGGCGAUGACGCUGGUCGUGUGCUUUGUCAAUAUCUACCUUGUGGUCGACAAGGUACCCUUAGCAACCCUGGCCCCGCUGGCCCAAACCGCCACUGUGGGAGGCGGACUCGCGUACUUUGCAUUUUUGACCUACUUGGUCGCGCUAGAAGUCAAGCGACUGGUGGCUGAAAAGUAGAGAGAAUCCAUGAGGGUAGUGUACUGUACAGUACACUGGAGGCUAUUAUGUCCAAGGAAUUGGGUGGAUGUUGUCGAAAGCCAUACAUAGUACAUAGAACUAAUGGUCACUACGGUAACUCAAAAUGAAGCCAACAGUAACUAUGGAUG